AUGGCAGAAGUUGAAGAUGCAGAAAUUCGUCAAGCUGCUAUAAAAGGUCGACCGAUUUCUGUUGUCAAAAUGUUGUUGCUUGAGGGUUGUGAUAGACGUCGAUACAAUCUUCCAUCACAUGAAGAGGUUGCCAUUGUGUUUGUAGGAAAUGAUGGUGCUCCACCUCCAUUUAGAGAAGUUGUUAUUUAUCCUCGAGGUCAACCCUUAAAAACAAUUUCAAGUAUGUCUGCAAAUCUAGAUCCAAUGAUAUAUCCAAUAUUUUUUCCAAGAGGUGAUGCAGGAUGGCAUGAUCAACUAGAGCACAAUCCUGACCGAGCAACACGUGUUCGAAAUCGAUAUGCUGUUGAUGCAUAUGUCAAGAUUGAAGGACAGCGCCUUGCUUUUAUCAGAAAUAACCAAAACAAACUUAGAAGUGAACAAUGCGAUACAUUACAUGAGUAUGUAAAUAAUGUUGCAAAUAACCUUAAUCUAGAAACAGCAGAGGAUGUUGAUAGUUUAAUAUCAGCUGAAAUUCCAGAUCAAACUGUUGAUCCUGAACCUUUUGAAAUUGUAAAAACAUGUAUGAUUCAUGGACCAUGUGGGAUUUUAAAUCCCAAUUCUCCUUGCAUGAAAGAUGGAUUUUGCACAAAAAAAUUUCCUAAAGAGUUUAAUCCUUGCACUGUUGCAAUUUUCAAUGGUUAUCCUAACUACAGGCGUUUAGAUAAUGGUAGAGUAGUCAUUAUAAAAGGUAACCAAGGGCAUGAUUGUGCGAAUGUGGUAAUUAAUGAAAGUGUUGACCACGAUGAAAUUAACACAUAUUUAGACUGUCGCUUUGUUUCCGCCCCAGAGGCUCUUUGGCGAAUAUAUGAGUAUUCCAUAAGUGAUAUGUCACAUACUAUUAUCCGCCUUCAAAUCCACCUUCCUGAUAAUCAGAGAGUAUAUUUUAACGAAGGAGAAGAACAAGUAGCUAUAGAUCGUGCAGCACAGCGAGACACUCACCUAACCGCUUGGUUGAAGUUAAAUGCUGAAAAUAAUGAAGCACGUCAGUAUUCUUAUGUUGAAAUUCCAUAUCACUUUGUUUUUGGUAAAAAUUGCAUGUGGAAAGUAAGACAAAGAGGUAGUGAUAAGGUGGUUGUUCGAAUGUAUAAAGUCAGUUCAUUUUGCGAAUUGUUUUUUCUUAGAUUGUUACUUUUGCAUGUAAAAGGUGCAAAGUCUUUUGAGGAUUUGCGUACUGUUCAUGGAACUGUUUUUAAUACAUUUCGUGAAGCAUGUUAUAAUUUAGGUUUAUUGCAAGAUGACAUUGAGUGGAGAAAUACAUUAACUGAAGCUGCUGCAACUCGGAUGCCUAAACAAUUUAGGCUACUGUUUUCAAUCAUAUUAACUUUAUGUGAACCUGAUGAUCCUUUACACCUUUGGAAUACAUUUAAAAAUUAUAUGGUUGAGGAUUACAUACACCAUUCAAUGCCAGUCGUACUUGCUGAGCAGGCAGCUCUUUGUCAAAUUGAAUCUAUAAUUAAUCAGAGUGCUAAAACCUUAGCUGAUUAUAAUUUGCCAGCUUUAGAUCAGUUUUUAGAUAAUGUCCCAGAAAAUGAUGAUGAAGAUGUUCAGGUGUUUAUUGAUGAAGCAAACCGAGUUAGACCAUUAUUGAAUGAUAAUCAACGUAAUGUAGCUGAUGCGAUCCUUGCUGCACUAAGUGUGGAACCUACUAAUGAAAAAAAGCAUUCAAGGUUGUUUUUUAUGGAUGGGCCUGCCGGUUGUGGUAAAACAUUUACUUACAAUUAUUUAAUUUCUGAAACACAGUGCAGGCAUAUUAGAACUGCAACAGCUGCAUGGACAGGAAUAGCUGCAACUCUUCUCAAAAAUGGGUGCACAAUGCAUGGCUUAUUCAAACUUCCUGUUCCAAUUUUGGAAACUAGCACAUGUAAUGUAACUCCAAACUCUAUUCAUGGUAGAUUCCUGAGACAAAUCAGUUUAUAUUUACUUGAUGAAGCAUCUAUGAUACCCAAAUAUGCUUUGAGUGCCAUUGAUAAGCUAUUACAAGAUAUCUGUAAUAACAAUUUUCCUUUUGGUGGUAAGGUUAUUCUUAUGGGUGGAGACUUCAGACAAAUACUUCCAGUUGUGAAGCGAGGUCGACCAGCAGAAGUUAUAGAAUCAUGUUUAAAAUGUUCUGAACAUUGGCAAUAUGUGCAAAGUGAUAAUGAAUCUAUUGUGGAGAAGAUUUUUGGUAGUGCAGAAAAAGCUGGUUAUGCAAAACGUGCUAUUUUAACGCCAACAAAUGUUGAUUCAUUGGCAAUAAAUGAAGAAGUCCUUCAUCGUUUACCCGGUGAUGUGAAAACAUAUUUAAGUUCAUUUAGCAUUGAUACUGAUGAUCUUAAUGAAAUUAAUAACUUUCCAGUCGAGUUUUUAAAUAGUUUGACUCCAUCAGGUAUGCCUGUUCAUUGCCUAAAAUUAAAAAUUAGUGCUGUUAUAAUGCUACUUCGAAAUUUAAAUCUCAAAGGUGGACUUUGUAAUGGAACCCGUUUGAUGGUGCGUGCAUUACACAACAAUUAUAUUGAUGGUGAGGUUUUAACAGGUGUAUCAGCUGGUAACAGGGUAUUUGUUCCUCGAGUUCAAUUAGCUCCAUCAGAUGCAAAUUUACCUUUUACACUUAAACGCCGUCAGUUUCCAGUUAGGUUAGCAUACUCAAUGACCAUAAAUAAAAGUCAAGGUCAAACAUUUGAAAAAGUUGGUGUUUAUCUCAAAAAGCCUUGCUUUUCACACGGCCAAUUAUAUGUUGCAUGUUCAAGAACAAGAUCAUUUAAUAGUUUGUUUUUCAAAGUUGAUAAACAUCCAUUACAAGGUAUGUCAUUUAACAAACAUUACACAAACAAUGUUGUCUUUACAAAUGUUCUUAAUUUAUAAUUUUGACAAGUAUAUUAUGUGUUAUAUGUGUUUUAUAUUUUUUGUAUGUUUUUUUUUUUU